AUAAUUGAGGGGGAGGGGGAGAAGGAAGGUUGUAAGGUAGACUACAAAAUAUAUGGUAGUGAGAAACCAAACGUUCCUGUGCAAACACCGCAUAACAGGGUAUUGAGUCAGGCACGCUAGACGUCUUGAAGUCUCGGUAAGGUUCCGAAGACUAAGGGGAAUCAUAAAAACGAGCUGACGAGUUGUUGAGCUGCAGAUUCUGUGCUGUCACAGUGGGGUACGGUGUUGACAGAAUCAAGCUGAUCCAUCAGUUGUUUGUUUUGUUCUUGCAGCUAGCUAGCUAGCUAGCGUUAGCAACGGGACCUUUAUAGUUAAUGUAGGUAGCUGUAGCUAGUGUUUUGAGAUUUUUUUUGCUACUACCGUUAGCUAUUUAUAACCCCUCGCACUAACGUUAGUUUUUAAGUUUUGUGAACGUAAAUGUUAACACCAUACUGAUGCAAUUUAGCUGUUCGUCAAAGUUUACAUAGUUUUCUCCCUGGUCCGCACGAGCGCUUUUCACUGAUGUUAACAGCAGUACGCAGUUGUUUCAGUAUUAGAUGCUACUAAACAGAUCUGUGAAUUACGCCAGGUCUGACCUCUGGUCUGUUGGCUAGCCAUCUUCUAGCUGAACCAUUAGCUAACUAGCAAGCUAGCGAGUUUGUUAGUUAGCAAACUAUCUACUUGUACAUUAGAGUUAACAGCUGAUUUAGCAGUGAGCCAUCACAGUGAACUUUAUCUGCGGCUGUAGGUUAUCUUAACCUGACACCCCAGAAGACACUCGGGGAAAAGUAAGCACCACCUAUGGCUUCGUUAGAGGACCGUGGGGAUAUGGGGGUUGCAGCUGCCUCGGGUUCCUCCGGUGGGGGGCACGUAGCCGGGGCCAUGGGAGGAGGCCUGGAGGCCGGACCAGGGGGCGCUGGACUGCCAGGGAUUCAAGAGGAGCCAGGGCUGCGAAGAGAGGCCUCCAGUACAGACGCCGACCCAGAGGCACCUCGGAAGAAGCGCAUUCGACUACAGGAAGGCGAGUCUGGAAAGCUCGAGGAGCGGUUGUACUCAGUGCUCUGUUGCACUGUAUGCCUAGACCUGCCAAAGGCAUCGGUUUAUCAGUGUACGAAUGGGCAUUUGAUGUGUGCAGGUUGUUUUAUCCACCUGCUUGCUGAUGCACGUCUAAAGGAGGAGCAGGCUACCUGCCCUAACUGCCGCUGUGAGAUCAGCAAGAGCCUGUGCUGCCGGAACCUGGCAGUUGAGAAGGCCGUCAGUGAGCUGCCCACAGACUGCUCCUUCUGCCUAAAGCAGUUUCCCCGCUCUAGCCUAGAGCGCCACCAAAAUGAGGAGUGCCAGGACAGAGUGACACGUUGUAAGUAUGUCAGGAUUGGCUGCCCUUGGCAAGGGCCUUUCCAUGAGCUGCCAGCCCAUGAGGCAGCAUGUUGCCACCCAAGCAAGAGUGGGCAAGAGUUGAUGGGCAUCUUGAGUGACAUGGACCAGCAGCAUCGUAGGGAGCUCACGCUGUACAGCUCCAUUUUCAAUCUGCUCUGUUUUGAGAAGAUCGGCUUCACAGAGGUGCAGUUUCGGCCAUACCGCACGGAUGAUUUCAUCACACGUCUAUAUUAUGAGACGCCAAGAUUUACUGUGCUCAAUCAGACAUGGGUACUGAAGGCACGGGUCAAUGACUCAGAGCGCAACCCCAACCUGUCCUGUAAGCGCACACUCUCCUUCCAGCUUAUCCUCAAGAGCAAGGUCAACGCUACACUGGAGUGUCACUUCCUGCUGCUGAAGGGGCCCUAUGAUGAUGUGAAGAUCCAGCCAGUUAUCCAGCACCACGUCUUCUCCAAUGAUGCCAAUGAGACUGAAUAUGCCCCCCUACCGAUUACCGACUCUGUGGAGUGCAACAAGCUACUGGCUGCCAAGAACAUCAACUUGCGUCUUUUUAUCUUCCAGAUCCAGAAAUGAGAAUGGGAUGGGCAGAAGGGAUGUAGAGGAGAGCACAAGAAAGGACAGGAGAGAAGUACCACUGAAACACAGAUACCUCUGUAUGAGUGAGAAGAAAAGGAGAGCAAGAAAGAAGGAAGCCAAGGGUUCGGUAUUGCUGCAGCUAGGUCAACCAGUCACAUUGACGCGUGUGUGAGUGUGUGUGUACCCAAAUACAUGUGUGUAUGAAGUGUGAUUAUGUCCCAAGCUUUAACCAUGGCUUUAAUCCUAGUGUGUGUGGGUGCGUGCACGUGUGUGUGUGUGUGUGUGUGUGUCAGGAUGGUGUAGUUUUGCCAGUUGGGAGUGGGGUCAGUGAUUCCAUAUUAUGGUUGUUUUUAUUUAAAGUGUGUGUGUGCAUGUGAGUCCUAGUAGUAGUGUUUGCAGACAACUGAGUGCUGGGAUGGGUCAUUGUCCCUGUAAGCUAAUUUUGAUUUGAAUUAUUUUAACUAUAGCGUGUGCGGACCUUUUUACUUGACUUUGAUUUGUAGGGGUCCAAGCAGUGCAGCUGCCGGAGGCCUGUUUGAGGAGUGGUCUUUUUUUAAAAUUAUAUUUUAUUCAGUAUCAGCAAAAACAGACAUGAGACACACUAGCAUGUGAAAACCUACCCAGUGGACCGUAUUAGGCCUAUGCAGUGACCGAUACAUGUAUUUAAUCAUAUCUUGGGUAGGCUAAUGCUGCCAGACCACAUUCACUGCAUUUUUGCGAUUUUUGCGAUGGUCUGCAAAUUGUAUAUCAGGAUCUGUUUCCACCCAUAGUUUUGUGAAUGGGCGUUGACUUUGAUUAAAAUCAAAGUAAAUCCAAUCAGUGAGACAACUGCUAAUUCAAUUACUGCACGUUACAAAAUGUUUUCAAUUCACUAUAGUCACAUAAAAUGUUUUCAGUUUCACUAUAGUCACAUUUGGUGACUAGCUGUUGAACCUCCUGAAAUUGUCUGACAAGCCCCAUCAAAUUUGGUGGCGAUUAUCUUUCACCAAUGCAAUGAAAAGUUGUAAAGAUUCAUAUGAUGGGUCAAACAAAAAGCAAAGGUACUGCUUUUUGAGGGUGAGUGUGUCAAUAAAUAUAGCUAUAUACUGUGAAUGUGAUUUUGGUUUUCACGGCCGGUUUUCUCAGUCAAUUUUUUUUUUGUGACUCCAGCUAGACUGCUUGGACCCCGUAUAUUGCUACUUGCAGCACCCACCCCAGGUUCUAGGUGUGUUUGAUUGUGUAUGUGAGUAUCUUUAUGACUUGGGGGUUUGACUCUGGCAACACAUCUCAAAACAUCUUCAGACUCCAAUCUGUAUGCUCUUUAAAGACCGAGCCAUGACAGAUUAUAUUGUUGUGAUCAAAGGCCCUGUGUGUAGCCCUGUCAUGAAAAAAGGGAUUGAUGGUGAUUAGCUUAGGUACAUAUAAAGGAGGUGUUACAGUUGGUUGUGUGUUUGAAGCAGGAAUAGGAAGAGCAAAAAAUACUUAUGGGCCCAUUCAUAACACAUUCACUUACGCUUUGAAUUUAGAUGUGGUGUUUUGAUGCACAAGGCGGACACAGUGAGUCAUGGUUUAGCCUGUGAACUCUGGACUUGGAAACCUCUUCAGAAGCCAGCCCUCAGCAGACAAGACUUUACUUGAAUUUCAUCUGAGAAACAAUGUGUAGAGACUGUACUUAGUCUGUUAGGAUAUAGUUUGUGCUUAUAACUCUUCUUUUGCCAACCAAUCUCAUGCAGUCUGGCUGUACAUGUGCCUUUCUAUUAAAACUAAUCUCAACUAAA